AUGGCAGACCAAGAUUCCUCAUCAUUCUUUGGCGGGAUCACACUUACAUCUACGCCUCAAAGUACAUUUGCGGGACUACGAUCCCACCCAUCUCAACGGGACUCGAGAGCUAGCACUUCCAGAAGUAGCAUUGACAAUCAGAUUAGAGAAGACGUCCUUGUCAACAAUACAUCGAAUGGCAUGAGGUGGCUUUUUAUGGCAUACAAAUAUCGGCUUCUUUGGGGUGUUGCUCUGAUGUUGGCCGUGACAACACUCCUCCUUCGCUUUGCACUUCAACCCGGCCCUUCGAACAACGCGCGACAUCCACCUAGCCCGACCGUUGAUACCUGUCCCAGGCUCGCUUCAGUCAUCAACUUGUCUCCAGUACAUGUCUUCGAUAGAUCAGUAUACAUGUCAACAGUCGACGAGCAUACACUGUUGGAGAUGGAAAAGUCCUGGUCUGAUAUCACGCUUACUGUGAUGGAUACAAGUCGCCCGCUCGGAUGUCUUGCGUAUGCUUCCGAAAAAUCUACCCGCCUCUCCAAUCAAGACCAGGACAAAUACCAUGUCUUUCUCGACGAUGUGAUCGCUGUUCAAAGCCAGCUCGAAUCCACCAGCUUGAACAUUUCACAUCUCAUGGACCAUUACCGACUUCUUCGGCCACAAUAUCACGAGCACAACUCAAGUGCUGCGAGAGCUCUUGAGGUCUCUGAACCGAGUGGUUUCAAGAAACGCCUCAUAGCCGGCAAAUUUGUGACCUGGGCCUACCUGGGCGUCAAUUUUACGGAGUGGUAUCGGGACCCUUGGGUUAAGGCACACAAAACAUUCAAAGCAGCACAAUUGGGUGUCGCCACUUUUGAAGGCGAAAUGUCAAAACUGGAAUCCAUUGCGCAAGUCAUUCAGGAGGUCAACCACCAUCUUGACCGCUUAGCUUUUGUCGUAUUUGAGGACGUUGUCAAAGGUGAUUGUUAUAGCUGUAUGGUCAGAACGCGAGACAUACUCAUGCUGGUGAGGCAAUUAUGGGGUCGGCUACUGGCCAUGGGGGAAGAAUAG